AUGUCCAAUACUGAGAAAUCUUCAACAUCAGCCGUGGCCGACUCUCCCAAGUUCCAGUCUUACCUCAAUAAUGACGGUAUCGACGACUUGACUCCAGCCACAAGAAAGCACCGUGUGUCAUCUUUGUCGUUAUCGGACUUGAACCAGUGGCAGAAUGGCUUGACGAAGUUGCUGUCGUCUACAUCCCUUAGUAAGCAGGGAAGUCAUGCCAACUUGAAAAAGGUGGACUCGUUAGCUAAGUUGCUGAGAAACUCCUCUAUCAUUCGCAGAAAGAAGAAGACUGUCAUUGACCACGAGCGUGUGGCCAGUUAUGCUUUCUGCUUCGAUAUCGAUGGAGUCAUUUUGCGUGGUCCAAACACCAUUCCUGAGGCUGUGGAGGCUAUCCGCAUGUUGAAUGGUGACAACAAGUACAACAUUAAGGUUCCAUCUAUCUACGUGACCAACGGAGGUGGAAAGCCCGAGCUGCAGAGAGCAGAGGAUUUGUCUAAACGGUUGAAGACGAACAUUCGUAUUGACCAGAUCAUCCAGGGCCACACCCCAAUGAGAGAUUUGGUGCCAUUGUUCAAGAAUGUGUUGGUUGUAGGUGGUGUUGGCAAUGUGUGUAGAAACGUUGCCGAGUCCUACGGCUUCAAGAAUGUCUAUACGCCUUUGGAUAUCUUGAAAUGGAAUCCAGCCGUGUCACCUUACCACGACUUGACUGAGGAAGAGCUUGUGUGCUGUAAGUCUGAUGUGGACUUUUCCAAGGUAUCAAUCGAUGCCAUCUUGGUGUUUGCCGAUUCCAGAAACUGGGCUGCUGACCAGCAAAUUAUUUUGGAGUUGCUUUUAUCCAAGAACGGUGUCAUGGGUACCGAGUCCAAGGCGCAGGGUGAGGGCCCUGAGAUCUACUUCGCCCACUCUGACUUCAUCUGGGCAACAAACUACAAAUUGUCCAGAUAUGGAAUGGGUGCAUUGCAGGUUUCUAUCGCUGCUUUGUACAAGGAGCACACCGGCCAUGAGUUGAAAGUGCAUAGAUUUGGCAAGCCACAGGCUGGUACCUUCAAGUUUGCCAACAAGGUGUUGAGUAAAUGGAGACAGGGUAUGUUGGAUGAGCACUUGAAGAAGUUGAGUGUCAACGACCCUAACGCCAGUCAGGCCGACAUCUUGGUCAACGAAGACGGUGAGGAGUUUAUCAACCAGGCCAAGUUGGAGUCUGGUAACUAUUCUGACGAUGAAGAAGAAGACAGUGAUGGUCAGGCCAUUGGCAAAUUGGGCGAGUUGUCUUUGCAGGACAAGAUCACAUUGCAGAUGCCUCCCGCCUCCACCGUAUAUUUCGUUGGAGAUACGCCGGAAUCGGACAUCAGAUUCGCCAACUCUCACGAUGACUCUUGGUUCUCCAUUCUAGUCAAGACCGGAGUGUACCAAGAUGGCACUGUUCCAAAAUACAAGCCCAAACACCUUUGUGACAAUGUGUUGGAAGCCGUGAAGUUUGCCAUUGAGCGUGAGCACGCAAAGGAGUUGGCAGAGUGGAAUGAGACUGCCACCGAAGAUGAGAACAUCAGCAAGGUUUCUUCCAAGAUCAACUUCAACGACUUCAUUAUGACGCCUAGCGAGAAGAAGGCCCAGGAAGAGAAGGAGAAGGUCAAGAACACAAAGAAUGUUGAUGAGCACGAGGCAGUUGCCGUGCCCGAUGUGCUUAGUGCACAACUUGAUAAGCUCAAGAAUGUGGGAGCAUAA